CUCUGGUUACGGCCAUUUCUAAGAAACUUGAUUGCGAAUUCUCCGAUCCCUAGUUGCAUAUGGUUUUCGGGGAUCGGUAAUGGCGAACUAUCUAGCUCAGUUUCAGACAAUCAAGAGCGCUUGUGAUCAACUUAUCAUUGCAGUUGAAGAUGUAAGUGACUUAUGGCCCAUUGUCAGAGCUGGAUUUGAAGAGCGAUUGCCACUCAAAAGAGCUUGUUUAAAUAACAAGACUCGUAAUCCUGUUUAUGUGGAACAACUGCCUGCAGAGUUUAUAUUAACAACAGACUCAAGGCUGCGCAGCCGUUAUCCACAGGAGCAGUCAGUAUUUUCGUUCCGAGAACCAUAUGCUACUGUGGUUCUUGUUACUUGUGAGGACCUUGAUGAGUUCAAGACCAUUUUGAAACCACGUCUAAAAUUAAUUGUUCAAAAUGAUGAGCGGGAGUGGUUUAUUGUAUUCGUGUCAAAAGCUCACCCCAGCAAUGACCAGGCCACCAAGUCAGCAAAAAAAAUAUAUGCCAAACUAGAAGUUGAUUUUAGUUCAAAGAAGAGAGAAAGGUGCUGCAAAUUUGAUAUACAUGGGCCAGAGUCAAACUUUUGGGAAGAUUUGGAUUCUAAGAUCGUGGAGUCUAUAAGGAAUACAUUGGAUAGGCGUAUUCAAUUCUAUGAAGAUGAGAUUCGCAAGUUUAGUGAGCAGCGCCUCAUGCCAGUGUGGAACUUCUGCAAUUUUUUCAUUUUGAAGGAAAGCUUGGCUUUUAUGUUUGAGAUGGCUCAUCUUCAUGAAGAUUCUUUGCGUGAAUAUGAUGAACUGGAACUUUGCUAUUUAGAAACAGUCAAUACGACAACCACAAAACAUAGGGAGUUUGGUGGAGUGGAUCAUGGUGAUGAUCAAGCAGCGCUAUUAAAGCCAGGAUAUAAACCAUUGUCACAGAUCAUUCAGGAUGAUUCAUUUAGAGAGUUCGAAUUCAGGCAAUAUCUGUUUGCCUGUCAAGCUAAGCUAUUAUUCAAGUUAAAUCGUCCAGUUGAGGUUGCAUCAAGAGGUUAUUCGUUUCUAAUUAGCUUCUCUAAGGCAUUGGCGCUGCACGAGAAUACCCUACCCUUUUGUAUGCGGGAAGUCUGGGUGAUAACUGCUUGCCUGGCGCUAAUCAAUGCCACCAUUUCUCAUUAUAAUGAUAGAACUCUGGCACCCGAUGUGGAAAAGGAGUUCUACAGGCUCCAGGGUGAUCUAUAUUCACUAUGCCGGAUUAAGUUUAUGAGGCUUGCGUAUCUGAUUGGAUAUGGAACAGAUAUAGAAAGAAGUCCUGUUAACAGUGCUGCACUGAGCAUGCUGCCUUGGCCCAAGCCAGCAGUUUGGCCUUUAGUUCCCCCUGAUGCUUCAUCUGAGGUCCUCGCAAAAGAGAAGACGGUUCUUCAAGCAAAUUCCAGAGUCAAGCACUUCGGCAUCCAGAGGAAACCUUUGCCCUUAGAACCUUCUGUACUUUUAAGGGAGGCUAAUCGGCGGAGGGCUUCACUUUCUGUUGGAAAUCUGUUUGAAAUGUUAGAUGGUCGUCCAGGUUUUACCGAUGGCUCAGGUUUAGAUUCAUCUUUGAGGGUAUUGCAAUCAAAAGGAAAUGUGAGUUCUAUGUCGCGAACCAACUCUUCACCCGGAAAUUUUGAGAGCUCAGUUGAUCGCCCUAUGAGACUGUCAGAAAUUCAUGUUGCUGAUGAGCAUGCUUUGCACCAAACAAUUUCUGAUCCUGAUUUAUGGAAGUCUUUAUCAUCUGUGGAGGACUUUGAGCAAAAGUAUCUGGAACUAACGAAAGGUGCUGCUGAUAAUUACCACUGUUCUUGGUGGAAAAGACAUGGAGUUGUCCUCGAUGGUGAGAUUGCAGCUGUAUGCUAUAGACAUGGAAAUUACGACCUUGCUGCAAAGUCAUAUGAGAAAGUUUGUGCUCUUUACGCUGGUGAAGGAUGGCAGGACCUUUUGGCUGAAGUUCUCCCAAAUUUGGCUGAAUGUCAAAAGAUCCUUAAUGAUCAAGCUGGUUACCUGUCAUCUUGUGUGAGAUUGCUAUCACUUGAUAAAGGUUUAUUCUUGACUAAGGAACGUCAAGCUUUUCAGUCAGAGGUUGUUCAGUUUGCACACAGUGAAAUGAAGCACCCUGUGCCCCUGGAUGUAUCAUCAUUGAUAACAUUCUCUGGAAAUCCUGGCCCACCUCUAGAGUUAUGUGAUGGGGACCCUGGUACAUUAUCAGUAACAGUCUGGAGUGGCUUUCCUGAUAAUAUAACUCUUGAUUCACUUAAUCUUACUCUGAUGACUACGUCAAGUGUUGAUGAUGGAGUUAAGGCAAUAAGGAGCUCCUCCACUAUAAUACUGAAGCCUGGUAGGAACACCAUUACCCUUGAUCUACCCCCACAAAAACCAGGUUCCUACGUCCUGGGGGUUCUUACUGGGCAAAUUGGGCACUUGAUGUUUAGAUCGCAUAGUUUUUCCAAAGGUGGCCCUGCUGACAGUGAUGAUUUUAUGAGCUAUGAGAAGCCUACAAGACCGAUUUUGAAGGUAUUCAAACCGAGAGCUCUAGUUGAUCUUGCUGCAGCUGUUUCAUCUGCUUUGUUAAUGAAUGAACCUCAAUGGGUUGGACUUGUAUUAAAGCCUAUUGACUACUCCCUCAAAGGUGCUGUCUUGCACAUAGAUACUGGUCCAGGACUUAAGAUUGAGGAGUCCCAUGUUAUUGAGAUGGAGAGCUACACUAAGGUUAUGCGGAGUGCUGGUAACACGGGGCAUGUUCAUGAUUCUGGAGAGAGAUGCUCUUCUGUUACUGAAGAAUUUAAGCAGUUAACACUAACUGAUGGUAAGAUAGAGUUGCCAGACUGGGCGAGCAAUAUAACUUCUGUGUUGUGGCUUCCAGUCCGUGCCGUUGAUGACAGACUUGCACGAGGAUCAUCUUCAGUCAUCCCUCAGACGCAGAGUAUUGUGGAUGGCAUGAGGACUAUAGCCCUGAAACUUGAGUUUGGAAUAUCCCACAACCAGACUUUUGAAAGGACAGUUGCUGUACAUUUUACUGGCCCUUUCCAUGUGAGCACUCGUAUUGCAGAUAGGUGCAAGGACGGAACUUUGCUUUUGCAGGUGAUACUACACUCCCAAGUGAAGGCCACAUUGACCAUCUAUGAUGCCUGGCUGGAUCUUCAAGAUGGAUUUGUUCAUAUAGGACAAGGUAAUGGAAGACCAACUUCAAGCUUCUUCCCGCUUGUCAUCUCUCCAUCAUCAAGAGCAGGAAUCCUGUUUGGGAUACGAUUGGGAAGUGUUACUACCGGAGUUUCUUAUUUUACAGAUGAAGCUGAGUGUUUGCAUCCAGACAGUAUAUUAAACAUUCGAUAUAGAGUCUCUGGUGAUAGAACUGUUGGAGCACAUACACCUGUGGCUGUGGAAAACUCUGAAUCUGUUGGUGAUAAACAGGAUUUGCUCUUCAGGAGUGCACUUGUUCUACAAAGGCCUGUGCUUGAUCCAUGUCUUGCAGUUGGUUUCCUUCCUCUUCCUUCAGGUGGCCUAAGAGUUGGGCAGCUGAUCAGUGUGAAAUGGAGAGUCGAGAGGCUGAAGGAUUUUGAGGCGAAUGCGGAUUCCAGGGGCAAUGCUGAGGUGCUGUAUGAAGUCGACGCAAAUCCUGAGAACUGGAUGAUUGCUGGGAGGAAGCGAGGACAUGUUUCACUGUCCGCAAAGGGAGGAUCGAGGAUCAUUAUCUCAAUCAUUUGUGUGCCACUGGUGGCUGGAUAUGUUCGUCCUCCUCAAUUAGGUCUUCCCAAUAUUGAUGAGGCAAAUAUAAGCUGCAACCCUGCUGGGCCUCAUCUGGUCUGUGUCUUGCCACCACCUCUGAGCUCCUCAUUCUGCAUUCCAGCAUGAUUAACAGUGCGUUCUUCCUUUAUUGCUCAUGUUUGCUGCCAGAUUUCUAAUUUUUUCACCUUCUGAUUUGAUUUGUUUUUUGCCCUCUUGAAUCCUUCUGAUAUAGCUGUGUAAAUCUCCCCCCCCCCCCCCCUUUUAGAUAAUAUAUAUCAGUGUAAUCAAGUGUUAAAUUUUGGCUAGUCAUUUUUUUUCCCCUUAUUUUGUUUUGUUGUCUUCA